AUGAACGGGGGUGAUUCAGGGGGGAAAGUGGAGGACCCACCGAACCUCGAUGUGCAGCGAUUCCUCGAGAUCGCUCGAAUGGCGGGAAGACCCGUGGGGCUUCCGACGUUCCCAUGGGAACAAUCGCCCUUCGUUCAAAAUGUCUUAGGAACUAGUGUGACGCCAUGGCUGGAGCAUCUUGCUGUUCCAUCCAAUCUGCCAUACUUGGAAACACAGAGUGAGCCGAUGACCCUGCAGUCGAAGCAGGCUAAAGUGCGCAUUUACAUCGACCGAGCAGCAUCAAGUUGCGCAGCGACUGAUCGCAGUCUUGCGCUACGCAAAUGGAGUGAGCUGCUCCUGAUCAAUCCGGGGGCAACGGCAGCUGGCCGUCAGUUGAUCGACGAGACCAGCAAGCAUGAAGAUGAAAAUCAAGCUUGGCAAAUCUUACAGGAUCACUUUGCACGCAAAUCCACGUCUACAUUGAGGACGCGGGUAAACUCUUUGUGUUUGUUUUGUAGGUGGUUCAACAGCGAGUUUCCUCACCAGGUGGCUCUGCCUCCAACAGAGGAAAGUGUCUACAAAUAUUUGUGCCACUUGCGAAAGGUAGGUGCUCCCGCCACGCGGGGGUCAACUUUCAUGGGAUCUCUUGCAUUCUUGUCUGGUUUCAUGGGUAUGAGCGAUGCAGAGGCUGCGGCUUUCUCUCAGAGGGCCCUAGGCGUUGCUCAUUUGAUGUAUGUCAGUAAAUCUCCGCUCAAACGAGCUCCGGCACUUACAAUCCCGAUGAUCUGUAUCUUGGAGUUGGCUGCGGAGUAUGAGUCCGACCUGUACACUCGGGCCUUCGCAGGGUUUGCCCUGAUGCUCCUUUUUGGUAGAAUGCGAUGUUCUGACGGGAACAGGUUGGAAUGUGGCGCAAUUGAAGGCAAGUUCCUUGAAGGCAGUCUCAUGAAGGUUAAGACGGCCCGUACUAAGGAGAAACAAGUCUCUUUUCUGCCAGUUGUUGUGCCAGCCAUUGGCCUCCUCGGCUUCAGCUGGCUGGAAUCAUUUGCAUCAGCACGAUCUCAGCUAGGACUCAAUCCGCUCCCCACUGAGCGGGACAGAAGGACUCGCAUCACCGAGAGGGAGAAGUUCGUGUUCUUCCCGAGCGAGGCAACCGUGGGUUCCGGGAAGCAGUCUGCAAUUAGUGCUGCAGAUGUCUCGCAGCGGUUACGCGAACUUUUGUCCAAGUUGUUGCCAUUCAACGAAGUGCAAGACUAUUCCAGCCACAGCCUUAAAGCAACUAUGUUAAGCAUGUUCAACAAGUAUGGCGAAGAUCACUAUCUUGAUGAAGCGCAGCUGCUGGGGUAUCAUGUUCUACCGGGGCGGCAAUCAGUACUCAACUACACUCGGGAUGCUUUGGCACGGCCGAUCAGAGUCUUCACGGAAAUGAUUUCGUGCGUAUCUGAAGGAUCUUUCAUGCCAGACAACUCCCGUGGCAACCUGUUCCCCGAGAUUGACAACCAGAUCUGUGCGCAGUCCCAGUUCGAAAAACACAUCGGCAUGACAUGGAAACAAGCCAUUGAAGUGCUCUCGGGCAAGUGUUUUCUCAAGUCUGAACAGAUGCACCCAGCGAAGGGAAAUCAGUCAGAUGUGCACGGUGAUGUGCCGGAUGAGGGUGUCUCAUCCGAGGUCCGCCCGGCGAUGUUGCCGGAGGUUGGCAUGGAGGCCACGUUUGAGGCCCGCGCGAGAGAAAUCGGCUUCUCGGAUGCCGAAAUCGCUGUAUUCAAACAGCAAGGUUGGGACACUUUCGGGCGGUUGGCCUUCGCAAAGAAUUACACACCGGGUCAGACCGACGACCAACCGCUCAUCGAACUCGCCGCAAUCAUCACUAACACCGCACCGCCCCCACCAAAUCGGGUGCCUUUGGUACGGAGGAUCGUGUUUGAAAGCUACACCUUCGCCUCAGCGGACCUUAAAAGCCGCAUCGACAGAAAAGAUGACGACACACCGAGAAAGCUCGCUGUGGCAGAGAGGGCAUCGCGGCACCAGGACCAGGUCCGGCGACUCCGGGGCCUCAACUUGGUUGGGGAGCUGGAAGCCAGCCAUUCGUUGAUUGACGCAGUCGUACAAAUGUACGAUGACAACCAGCUUCGCUAUCUGCGAUGGGAUCAAUGUACCAAACGUGAUCAAGAGCUGAUGGGCAUCAAGUCGGACCCUAUGUGGAAGCCGGACGCUAACGGUGUCAUCAAAGAGGUCAAAACAGCCGCCGAGCUGAAGGCAGACACUAGCACUGAUCUAAAAUUGAAGUUUGCAUUGCAACGCAGAUCACUGGCUUUCGACCAAACGCGACUCAUCGACUAUGACAAAAUGGAGCGUUGGACCCAGGUCCUCAUCGAUGCUUUCUUGGAGGUCCCCCCUGCGAACUAUGCAAAGGUCACGAUUGAGCAGGUGCACAAUGCUGACUUGGCUCUUUUCAAGUACAUGAUGAAGGAGACUCGCUUCGGCAUCAAACCGCUGGCGGAUGGGACCUUGCCACUUGAAAGAGCUCUUCAGGCCGCCAUGGCUGCGCCAGAAGUUCGCCUAUGCCUACAACCGUUGCAAGCACCGGGAGGCCCUAAACGUAAAGCAGAUGAGGCUGGUUUGGAGGAGGCUCCCUCGAGUAAGCAUCGAACUCCAGCCGAGCCGUCCAAAGCUAAAACGGAGGAGGAGCGUUUGAGGCGACAGGUUCAGAACUUGCAGGGUCAGGUGAAGAACCUGCAGGCACAACGAGGGAUGCGCGAGAGAAAGUCCUCUCGUUCCCAUCUCGCGCACACGCCGAAAUUGAAGCCACUGCGCUCAGAGUUCAAGCCAGAGGGCUUGGACGACUUGUCCGAAAUCGAUCAGAAGAGGGUCGGCAUUGCCAACAAAAUCUUUUGCACGAUUGCUACAUUUCUGAGCGCAUGUGCGGACAGGAGUAUUGCUAUCUCUGUUGGACAUCCCACCAAGUCGUUGUUGUGGAAAACGUGUUGGUUCAAAGAUCUGCAGCAGAAACACGGUCUGCAUUCAGUCGAUUUUCAGCAAUGUAUCUGGGGUGGCCGCAGCAACAGGUGGUAUACCAUCCGGUGCAAUUUUCAGGCCUUGACAGCUCUUCGCGGGUCGUGCCAGGGCGGGCACAAGCAUGCACUGUGGGGUGAGCUGCGCAGUGGUUCUGAUAUUGAGUUCCCACCUCGACUAUGCCGAGCUUUUGCUGUUGCAGUUCAGCAGCAUGCCUUGGAAUUAGGAGCCCAGCAGGUGAAGACGACAGGAUCGGAGCAUGCUUCAGCUGCAAAGCAAUCAAGACGGAUGGCUCAAGCAGGCAAGCAACCCCGUGGCAACAAAUUACCUCCAGUUAUAUCGGAGUUCGAGUCCGAAAUCUGGGUUCUUUGGGAUCUUGCACGCCCUGGAAACGUGCCGCAGAAACUCACACAGUCGCAGUGCCAACAUUUCAGCAUUGAAACAACUGCUAAGCUACUGGAGUUUUGUGAAGUGGGUGAUCCUCGGUACUCCAGUUUAUUUUGCCCAGUGCAGGAUGCCAGCAGCUGCGGUGUGCAGCGCUGCGGUGUGCAGCUGCCGUUGGCUAGGCUGGGCGUGUAUCGAACGCCGCAGAGGUUUGUGCAGGAAGCUUUGGAAGCAGAGCACCCCUUUGACGGCACGUCCAUGUUAGAUGAUGAUGCAUUGCGGGCAAUGUUCGUCCUUCUGACAGAAGGCCCUGAAGGAGUCCGAAAACGUAGGCAAGCUGCUUUCGAUUUCUAUGAGCAGUUGAGCCGUUCGCUGGAAGAGGCUGAGCAGCAGAUCCAUAACGCGAUGGACCCAGAUCGUGAAGAGUUGGUCCAUGACAAAAAGUUUCUGCUGUUCAAGUCGAUGUGCGAGCAUGCGGGUGUCGAAGAUGCGGAACUUUCGACUCUUCAGAUCGUGGGAGCUGAGUUGACUGGCAUAGGAGGUUAUUCCAACUUGUUUGACCCCGUCGAGGCCGUACCAGCACUUACUCAAGCGCAGGUCAUGAAAGCCGCACGUUGGACUAGGAGGAAAGUGUUGGGGCGUCAGCGCCCCGAUGAUGAUACUUGCAUUGCUGAGGCGGUUUGGACGGCCACUCUUGACGAGGUUUCCAAAGGCUGGCUAUCGGGCCCUUACAGUGAAUCAGAGGUUGCGGAACGGCUUGGGCCUUUGUUUGUAGCAAGUAGACGUUUUGGCUUGGAGCAGUCUGACAAGGUCCGAAUGAUUGAUGACAUGUCAGAGACACUUGUGAAUGCAGGUUUCGCGUCCUCCUACAAGUUGGACCUCGGUGGAGUCGAUGAAGUUGUGGUGUUGUGUCGUGCUUUUGUCGAGGCUGUGUUCGAGGACAGAACGGUCGUGCUUAGAUUGUCUAGUGGUACCGAGUUGCGAGGGCUUUUGCAUUCUUCGCUGACCGUUCAGCAAGCCAAAACGCUUGUCGGGCGGACGCUCGACUUGGAGGCUGCAUACAAGCAGAUGUUGAUCGCUAAGGCUUCGCAGUGGGCUGGAGUUCUGACUGUUAGAAACCCUUCCGGGGGGAACUCACUCUUCAUUGCCAACGUUCUACCGUUUGGCGGCUCUUCGGCCGUGUACUCGUUCAACCGACUGAGCCGUGCAUUGCAUAGGAUAGGCUCGCGACUGUUCUUUCUCGUUUGGGGGAAUUACUACGACGAUUUUCCUCAAAUCGACCUUGAGGCCUGUGGUGACGAAGCACAAUAUGCGGCAGAGAGGCUCCUCUCCCUGCUAGGUUGGCGGUUCUCGCGGAAGGACAGCAAGAGGAGACCGGCAGCUCGCAAAUUCGAUGCAUUAGGCGUCACUGUGGACUUAUCUGAAUCAUCACUGGGAAAAGUCAAGGUUGGCAACAAGGCCAGCAGAGUGGAGCAGAUUUCGGGUCAAGUGGCCCAGAUUCUCGCGACUGGGAGGCUUACAGUGGCGGUGGCAGCAGCUCUCCGCGGAAGAUUACAGUUCGCCGAGUCCCACAUGUUCGGCCGCAUUGUUCGCCAGCGCAUGCGUCGCUUUCAUAAAAGAGCUUGUGGGAGUGAUUCGUCUUCACACAUCAACUCCGAGCUCAGGGACGAGCUGGAGUGGGCGAGGGAUUUUGUCAGAGUUUGUAGGCCCCGAUAUGUAGAAGCAGCACGGUCAGCUACACGCGCUGUUAUCUUCACCGACGCGGCUCUCGAAGACAAUGAUUCUGUGGCUUCAGUGGGGGCUGUCAUUUAUCUGGAAUCGAAUGACGGACAGAGAAUGUAUCACAUCUCAGCUGCUGUGCCCGAGGCGCUCUUGCGGCACGUCCAACAAAAAUCUCCCAAGGUGAUCGCCUGCCUAGAGCUAAUGGCGGCUGUGGCGACAGUGUGUAAGAUUGCCCCUCUCCUCAAAGGACGUCGGGUUUUCUGUUACAUAGACAACGAGGCCGCUCGUGCAUGCAUGGUCAAUAUGUUUUCCCCUGUUCUAGCAAUGAACAGACUUGUUCAGCUUUUGUCGUCAGUCGUGUGGGAGAAUUCCACUCACCUUUGGGUUUCACGGGUUCCGUCCGAUUCAAACAUCGCGGACGCACCUUCGAGAUUGGAUUGUACUUUAGUUGACUCGUUGAAUUCUCAACUCUUGACUUUUCCCUGGGCCCUUGUUCGUGAUGCUCUGUGA